AUUCGAGAGGAUCAACAAUGGUCGUCCGAGUCGCUUCAGGUAAGACGUAUGCUGAUAUAUUGGGAAAGCUCCGCAAGGAAGUUAAUCCUGACAUCAGCCACACGAGAGUCUUGGUGGCAAGGCCCACUAAAAAGGGAGACCUCUUGAUCAGGGUCGAAGGUGACUCGGACAAGGUAGGUUUUAUCGCCAAGGUGAUCAAAGCUGUUGGCAGCAUUGGCAAGGUGCAGAUGGUGGAUCGGAAGGUUACACUUGAGAUCCGCGACCUAGAUUUCCUUACCCAUGAAGCAGAAGUUCAGGAAGCGUUGGAACGAGAACUCGGAAUGGCAGGAAGCAGGAAGGUGACGGUCUUAGGACCCAACAAGCGACGGAUGAAGCUGGCAGUUGUUGUCACCGACCAAGAAGAGGCUGCCGGACUGGAGGAAUUGGGGCGCAUAAAGAUUGGCUUUAUGUGCUGCCAAAUAAGAAACAGAGUCAUGGUCGUCCGGUGUCACCGAUGUCUGGGUUACGGCCAUCUAGCAAGAAGCUGCAAAGAAGCAGACAAAUCGAGUGCGUGCUUUAAGUGCGGGGAAGCCGAUCAUAAGUUUGCAGAUUGCAAGAGCAGCAUCAGUUGCUUCUUGUGCAAAGCAGAAUCUGGCGACAAGGUUCCUCUAAACCACGUCGCUGGAAGUGGGCAUUCAGAGUCUUUAGGUCAACCCUCGAGGAAGCCAAGAAGACUCACAACAACCAAAGCCAAGUAAGCCAGUAAGAUUGGCAACGGCAAGGAUCGCGAUACUUCCGUAGUGUAAGGAUUAGUCCAGCCAAAGGGUGUGGUUUUUAGUCGGUUCACCAAAACAAGAACGGUUAUCCCCACAUAACUUUGGAGCACCGGGCUCCAGGUAUCUGCCUUGGAUACAAAUCUUUAUGCAGAUCAUGAAGAUCAACAGUCAUUAUUAGAAAAAAUUUAUUAGAGGCGAGGGGAACUUCCAAAGGCACUAUCUCUUAGAAAAUUACUCCAAUCGAUUUGAAAUAUUUUGGGACAAUAUUCAGGACAUAUUGAACUAUUUUUUAAGCCAAAAAACACGAUUUUUUCAAAAGUUAAAACCCACUUAAUCCCUUAAAGAUUU